CAAAAAGUUCGGAUAUGGCCAAAAAGGAGAAGAAUGAUACGCGUUACAAAAUAAGUAAAGGAUUAUACAAAAAGUGGCAACAAAUUUUCUACAAAGAGGAAACAAGAGAUUACGCCGUGAAAUAUGCUUUAACGUAUAUAAAAAAUCCACAUGCAAACCAACACCACCUCGUCGAAGGCCACGUCUCUUCAUCUGACGGCUGCAGUUACAUCAUCACUGAAAAAGCAGUCAAAACUAUAUAAAAAGAAAAUAAUCUUUUAAAAAAAUAGUCACACAAAUUCAUCCAUAAAUCACCAUUGUUAACCUUUUUUUCUCCUUCCUUUCAUCUUUCUAAAAAAUUCAUUUUUACAACCAAAAACUAAAGUUCAAGAAAACACAGAAUAAAGGAAUAAUCUCUUCGUGUGUGCGUGUAUAUAAAAAGAUAUACAUAUGCGUGGGUAUGAUUCUUGGGAUGAUCGACAUGCAACGAUGAAAUCAUCAUCCAUUUUCCGAGAAAGUUCAGACAAAACAGAGAGAUGGAUUGUAACAAACAUGGCAAGAUUAUCACCAUUUCUCUUGUCUUCUCUUUGUAUAACUAUCUUCUUCACAGGCUUCUUCGUCUUCCAUCAGAAUCCUUUCAUCUCGGAUCAAAACUUUCUCACCCUGCACCCUCUAAUCGAUCCUAAAUGUGAUUUGUUCAAGGGACAUUGGGUUCCAGACAAAAGAGGAUCUCUGUACACAAACUCAAGCUGUUCUACGCUUCCUGACUCCAAGAACUGCAUAAAACAUGGGAGAUUAGACAGAGAUUUCUUGUUUUGGAGAUGGAAACCUGAUGGCUGCGACCUUCCUAGGUUUAGUCCCAAGGAGUUUCUUAGAAUGGUUCGAGGCAAGAAGAUGAGUUUUAUUGGUGAUUCUGUAGCAAGGAACCACAUGGAAUCUCUUCUUUGCUUGUUGUCAAUGGAAGAAACUCCUAAGGAUAUCUACAAAGAUGGAGAAGACAGAAACAGGAUAUGGUACUUUCCUAACCAUGACUUCACUCUCUCUACCUCUUGGACUAAGUUUCUCGUGGAGGAACAUGAGAGGGUAGACGGUAACAAGACCGGAACUGGAUUGUUUGAUAUAGAUAUUAGCAAGAUGGAUGAAGGAUGGUUCAAGGGUCUGCCAAAUACAGACAUUGCUAUUGUCUCGGCUGCUCACUGGUUCUUCAGACCAAUAUUCAUCCAUAGAGGAGAUGAAACCCUAGGUUGCAUCUACUGUAGCGUACCAAACAUGACACAGCUUAGUCCUGACCAAGGGUUUAAGCUUGUUUACUCAUCUGUCUUUAAACACAUCAAUGAAUGUGAUAACUGCAAGAGAGAUUUAGUUACAGUUAUGAGGACUAUCUCACCUGCCCAUUUCGAGAACGGGACUUGGGAUACAGGAGGAUCGUGCAGAAGGACAAGCCCUUUUGGUGUUAACCAGAUCGAUCUGCAGAGCAACGAGAUGAAGAUCAGGACAUCUCAGAUUGAACAGCUUGAAGUUAUAACGAAAGGCGACCACAAGGGGAAGAAGAAGUUUGGUGUUUUGGAUGUGACUAGGGUUAUGCUGAUGAGACCUGACGGCCAUCCGAAUAGUCACUGGGGAAACAAAUGGAUGAAAGGUUACAAUGAUUGCGUCCACUGGUGCUUGCCUGGGCCUAUUGAUGCGUGGAACGAUUUUUUAAUGGCGAUACUUAGACAGUUAAGAUGAUUAUUCAUGGAUAAACAAACAAACAAAAAGUUAAAACAUUCUUUCACAUUUCUUAUGAAUAAGUACCUUCAGUCAUCUGAUUUUUUUUGCUUCUGCUUCUAGAUAUCUCUGUUGUUACAUAGAGUUUACACAAUACUCAAUACCAGUAUUCUAAAGAUCUGCGUAGUCGGCAAAUCGGAUCUAAACAAUUUUUGUAAACA